AGCUGCAAAUAAAAGACCAACCACUUGUUUUCCUGUCCUCUACUUUUGAGCAUCUGAUACCUUUUAAAAUGAAAUUUCUCAGCGCAAGACCUUUUCAGCUGUCUGGAUGGUGUUCUUCAGCUCAAACUCAGAGAAGUACAUGGCAUGUCUGUGUGAAAUGGAGAAAAAAACGGGAGUUGACAGAGGCCAAGGUGGACCGGUUUGUCUCGACGGUCCGGUUGCUUUAGGAGGAAUGUUGGCUAAAAUUGUCUCUGAGCUGUCAGUGUGUGUUUAUGCACUUCUGCUUAAGUAUUAGUACAAGCUGUGAGUAGGUGUAAUGACUUUUAGCGCACACCUUGGUAGUAGAAAGUUAUACUUCACAAGGGAAUACGUUGCUCCAAAAGCUGUCUGCUGAUGGCAUGCAACCCGGCGAAUGGAAAAAGCGACGUGUACCUGAAGACCUGUCUUUGGAGGAGCGAGAUGAGCUGUGCAACAUCCGUCGCAGGAAAAAAGAGCUGCUGGAUGAUAUUGAACGGCUGAAGUUCGAGAUAGCAGAAGUCAUGACGGAAAUUGAGCAGUUAACAUGUGUCGGAGAAAGCAAAACCACACAAAGAAACAAACAGAUCGCCAUGGGGAGGAAGAAGUUCAACAUGGACCCCAAAAAGGGCAUCCAGUUCCUUCUGGAAAACGAUCUAUUGCAAAACACAGCAGAGGACAUCGCACAGUUCCUCUACAAAGGCGAGGGGCUUAAUAAGACUGUCAUUGGGGACUACUUGGGCGAACGGGAUGACUUCAACAUCAAGGUGCUUCAAGCAUUUGUGGAGCUCCAUGAGUUUGCCGACCUCAACCUCGUGCAGGCCUUAAGGCAGUUCCUGUGGAGCUUCAGACUUCCUGGCGAAGCUCAGAAGAUCGAUCGUAUGAUGGAGGCGUUUGCCUCCAGGUACUGUCAGUGCAAUCCUGGCGUCUUCCAGUCCACAGACACCUGCUACGUCCUGUCAUUUGCCAUCAUUAUGCUGAACACCAGCCUGCACAACCCCAACGUACGAGACAAGCCGCCCGUGGAGCGCUUCAUCUCCAUGAACCGAGGCAUCAAUGAGGGUGGGGACCUCCCAGAGGAGCUGCUCAGGAAUCUGUAUGAUAGUAUCAAGAGCGAACCAUUUAAAAUUCCGGAGGACGAUGGGAACGACUUGACGCACACGUUCUUCAACCCGGACAGAGAGGGUUGGCUGCUCAAAUUAGGCGGCAGAGUGAAAACUUGGAAGCGGCGGUGGUUCAUCCUUACCGACAAUUGCCUCUACUACUUUGAAUACACAACAGACAAGGAACCUCGCGGGAUUAUUCCGCUGGAAAAUCUCAGCAUCAGGGAAGUGGACGAACCCAGGAAGCCGAACUGCUUUGAGCUGUACAACCCAAACCACAAGGGUCAGGUGAUCAAAGCCUGUAAAACAGAGGCGGACGGACGUGUGGUGGAGGGCAACCACGUGGUUUACCGGAUAUCUGCGCCUACGUCCGAGGAGAAGGAGGAGUGGAUCAAGUCCAUCAAGGCCAGCAUCAGCAGAGACCCCUUCUAUGACAUGCUCGCCACCAGGAAGAGGCGCGUCGCCAACAAGAAGUGAAGAUGACCAAAGCCGAACGAUCCAGUUGAGGUUGCCUCCAAACCAAAACUGUGUUGUUGUUUUUUUGAGGGGGGAGGUUGGACAAAUUACGGGAGGGAGCGGUUGUGUGUACACACAUGGACUUUUAACGCGCACGCCCCGUCCCUCCUCCCCCGACUCAUUCUGUUUCAGGUGCGCGAGCAUGUGUGUUUCCGUGUGCGUGCGUGUGGGAGAUUCUCUUCACUGUGCUGCAUGACAGACAUGUCUGAGAUGUAUAUGUUAAAAAAAACAGUCUUGAGUCAGCUGGACUGAUUUCAUCCAAUAGUAAAAGACAGACAAUGAUGACCUGUGUUUGUUUGAGUUUGUGAAGGUGGCAUGCGAUCGAAGGAAAGACGGUUGAAUACGAGGCUACACUGAAAAGACUACGAGAGGAGAGCCAUCAUUUGUACCCGAAAGGUCGUGAUAAAUUAUCGUACGUGAAUGAAUUUCUAAUGUUUUGAGGGAAAUUGUAAUCCCGUAAAGAUAGUUAUUUAACAAAAAUAAACGCAGAAGUACAAGAAAAAAAGCCAUUCCUUUUUAGGAGAAAAUUAUUUGACAACAAUAAAAUCCUUAUAUACUGAUUUAAGAAAAUGGAAUGGAAUUUUACAGGAAUAAUACUUUUGCAGCAAUAAAGUCAUUAUUUUACACUAGUAGUAUACUAAUAUUGUGGGAAAAGUUUAAAUUUUUAAAGUUAAGCCAUUAUAAGGAAAAAGUUGUAAUUUAAUGACAGUUAUUUUAUAAGAAAGUUUUAUUUAAGGGAAAUUGUCAUUUUAUGCAAACAAUGGUCACCUAAUUGUUAAAUAUUAAUUCAUGUCAUAAACAUUUUUUGAAUAAAUCAUACUAUAAAGAUUAAGUUGAAUUUUUACAAAAAUACAGGACAUUUUUUUAACAAUUUGACAAUUUUGUAAGCGACACACCUACUUUAAACUAGUAAAUUUCCCUUGUUUUCAGUGUAAAUCCAUUAGAAAUCAGUAAAAUUAUCUGCCAGUGCUUCAAGCUAAACUAUAAUCACAACAGACUUAUUUUAAGCAAUAAAUUAGUAUAUUUAAUCUUUAAAAAAGCUUUAAAAUGUCAUAUGUUCUUUAUUCAAGAAUAGAUCAUAGACUUCACGAUCAGUUGACGGGGCUCGGGGCCAAUCAGUAGGGGGUCCAUUUUAAAAAACUUAAAAUUCUAAUAUUUUCAAAACCAAAGCCGCUAGCGACCUAAAACCAAAAACAGGCACCUCCCUUAGGCAUAUAUGAGUCUCCAUGAGCAGCGACAUAAAAAAAUUCAGUCGUUCCCUAAUAAUUUUUUUUUUUUUUUAAAUAAAAGUAUAACAAAACUUAAAAUGGCUAUAAAAUUCUCAAAUUUUACGCUAGAUGCAAAAAAAAUCCCCAAAUGCAGCGAUAAUCACCUAUAUUUUCAGGAUCAUUAGCAAUAUUGAACAUAGAAGUUUUUAAAAAUAGCAACUUCAUUUUUUUAAAUAAAUCACUCAACUUUCACCUCGGCAACUUAAUACUUGAGGAAAGCAUGCAGAAUCAUCUUGAUUUUACUCAACAAAAGCAUUAGCAUUUUUCUAUACACAAUCACAAGUUAUUUAGGUUGAAUUCCGAUCUUACUAUUGCCUCAGCACGGAGGCACGUCUUGCCGGCUAUCUGGACGUCGUUGUUUUUAGAUUGAAAUGUUACAUAAAAUAAAAAACAUAAAAGGCACAUUUUUUUUUUUGUGUGGGCACAGAAAUGUCUAAAUUACUAUUUUUUUGGCCAAAAAACGGGCAGUUGGCUCAAUAUUACCUCAUCAUUUGAAUGUAAAUUUACACUAUUGUGUAUGGAUGCAACAUGGCGGCCAUCACAAAGCAAAGAGCUUUUUAAUUUGAAAUUUCUUGUAAAUAAACGUGUACAUCCCGUAUUUUCUAUAGAUAUGAACAUAGAACAGUCUAGAUUCCUGGUUAAAAGCAAAAAAAAACGGGCAGUUAUCAUUCAUUUUACGUAAAGAUUUCAAGCUAAAAUAACGCUAUUGUGUAAAUCCAACGUAGUGGCCAUCACAAAACAAAGAGCUUUUUAAGUUGAUAAUUCUUGUAAAUAAAUGUGUACAUCCCUGAAUUUCUAUAGAUAUGAACAUAGAAGAAUCUAGAUUCUUGGUUAAAAGGAAAAAAAACAAAAAAAAAAACAGGCAAUUAUCAUUCAUUUUACGAGUUAAAGUUAGGCACAUUUUUUUCUAUGCGUUUUUUUCACAACGUUUCAAAGUGCAUGCAUGGGACUAUUUUAUAUAUUACCUUGAAUCCUCAAACCAAAUCACUUUUAAGACACUCCUGCCGGCUUAUAUGCAGUAAAACAUUCGUCCUUUUUCCACCUAAAUCCGGCGUUUGAACGCAGCAUGUGUUUGAGUUUAUCUAGUGAAAGCCAAAUCCUCUGCCUGGGUCGACCCCCAACGGAAAGGCAUGACGCAAUGUUUAUGGGAGCUGUCUUGUCAACUGAUGGUGAAGUCUAUGAAUAGAUAUUGUUCAAAACAUUGUUUGAAAGCAUUUUUUUCUUGAUUUAGGUGAAAAAUUACCAAUUUUUAAAUGUAUGAGCUGAAAAAGAACAAAUAGUAAUAUUUACUUAAAGUGGAAUAAUCUGAUGCAUUAAUCUGUUAAUUAGUCUUUAAAGGGAACCGCAGAUAGAAAGACUUAAAAGAUAAAACGUUAUUAUGAUCUAAAAUAAUUUGAUAUUAAAACCCCUCUUGAUGUUUUCGUUUUCAUACAAUUUGUAAAAUUAGUUUAACUAGUAGGUCGCCAUUGUCGUUGACGUCGCAGGGCGGUGAUGUCGCUGAGGUACGCUGCCCGGCUUCCAGAAUAUGACUCAAGCGACAUAGCAACAUGUCAUCUGUUCAUCCGUUUCAAUUUGAACCUGAGAGGAACAUUAAUGAGCAUGACAGCAAUGUCGAUAUUUCAGAAAACGAGCAGCAAAAGCAAAAUGAACAGGAAAAACGGGUUGAGACAAGAUGAGAGUAGACAAAAAAACGGUGUUCUGCCAAAAUACGUCCUACAAGAGGCGAAUUAGACACCCAAAGUACUACUGUGCACUUUCAGCUUGUUUUGUUUAGAUUCAUACAGACAGAACAAACUAAAGAUGCCUUAAGAAAAUACCUAAACAUAGUAAUCCGCUUUAAAGCUACUACAAGAAAACAAUGCUUAAAAGAGAGGGAAAUACAUGCAAAAAGUAUUUUAAGGCAAUGAAAAACUCAACAAAAACACAAACUGUAAGUGCUCGCCGCUUUUAACCGAUGUGCGCAUGUGUUGGACGUCUUGCCGCGUAGAAGGAUUUGCAGAACACCGGUAGUGUUCGUCUAGUGACAGUGACAAACUACGUCAUCACCCCGAGUGUCCAUUGCAAUCGUAAAACAGGGCGCCCUCCGUCGGUCAAAACAUGUACUUAAUAUUAUAGAUUUUUAAAUCAAUGGCAAAAUUUUAUGUGUUUAUAAUAACAUAUUUUGGUAAAAGAGAAGAAUUGUGGUUUAAUAGAACCUAGAGGUCUUUUAGUCCGAGGUUCCCUUUAACACUCAAAACAAGAUUAUUUGACUCGAUUUUAGAAAAAUGAUCUUACUAAGACGUUAUAAAAUUUGCAGUGUAAGUUUACAGUGUAAGAAAAAUUGACAUUUUGAAAGCAUUCUUUUAAAAAAAAAAGGCAUUUUAGCUUUUGAGAAUUUUUUUUUUUUCAAUGGUAUAAAUUAUUUUUUUCCACACAAAGACGAAAUUUUGACAUUCCAGGAAAAUACAGUUAUGAUUUUUAAUGUAUUUUACGCUAAUAAAAUUCCCACUUGUGUGUAAUACUGAAACUGGGAAUAUGACCACGUUUUCAACACCACAAUUCUCCUUUAAAAAGGAGAAAAUCUUUUUGUUUCCUUGAUUUGAAAAAUUUUCAAUCACUGUCAAAGUCAGCCAUCGAGUGACAAAUUCUUUUGAGUGUGGCCUUAAUCCACCUUGCUAAUUGCCAGUCUUUUCAAAGCUUUAUAUGAAAGGCGCCCAGUCCCAAUAAGCUUAGUUUUUUUUUUUUCUUUUUGUCAGUGAACGUGUCGUAUACGUGUUUCCGUUUCUAAUCUUUGCUUGCUUUUUAAAAUAUAAGCUGUUUCUCAUAUUUUGGUAUUUAUUUAUGUGAAAGUGCAAAUGUAUAACAAUGUAUUUUUAAAUUAUGUAUGUAUAUAUAAUGUAUGUUUCUGAUGUUUUUUUCCCCCUUUUUUUUUUUAUUAGGGAGGGAGGGGGGCUCUUUACAAAAAGCCUUAAAAUAGAAUCAUAAAAUUGAGAAUAUUGCUAACUGUGAUGACGCCGUUCUUAAAAGCCAUGACUGAUGUGUGAAUAAGGUGCUUGAUGUGACAUUUAUAAUCAUAAUUCUAACUUUAUAUCUCAUGAAGAUGAUAAUAUCCUGAAUGAAGAUGUCAAAAAUGUCAAAAGCUUUCUAUGUGAUUGUAAAUUUGAAUGAAAAGCCUACUGCAGGGCAUAUUAUUAUCGCAUUAACUUUUUUUUAUGUCAAAUCUAUUGGUCACACAUUCAUGUGUAUUCCAUCAAGUAUCUAUAAAGCUAACAGCAGAUGUGUUUCUUA